CGGGAAACCAAAAUGGCGAGGCUGAAGAGAGAAAAACACUCGUUUGGUGUGUUUUGAAAAUCAAUAGUUAGCUGUGAGUUGUGAAGAGAAACCCGGCGGGAGCGAAGAAGCUGGUAACCCCUGUCGGUUUAAUGGUUUUUCCUGUAUAUACAUCAUUUUAAGCGCUGGAAGUGGCCGAAUGAGAGACUCAACGGUCGUAAACAGUCCGAGCUCCCAUCGCAAGUCUCCAUCCCAUCGUCAAGACGAGUCUCCCGUGUCCUUGUCCAACCUCUCGCUCAGAAAUGGGCAGAGCGACACGGAGAAGCUCGCAAAUAAGUUCGAGGAGGGCCAGGACGUUCUAGCUCGCUGGUCCGAUGGCCUGUUUUAUCUGGGGACAAUCGCGAAGAUAAACAAACAGAAGCAUUGCUGUUUUGUGGUAUUUGAAGAUCAGUCGAAGUCUUGGGUUCUUUGGAAGGACAUUCAGACAGGGGACAGUGGAGGGGAGAUGCUCUGCACCAUAUGCCAGAAUGAAAGCUCAGAACCGCCCAAUGAAAUAGUCAUCUGUGACAAAUGUGGACAAGGAUACCACCAGCUCUGCCAUGCGCCCGUCAUCGAUGCCAGUGUGAUUGCGUCGGAUGAUAAAUGGCUCUGCCGAGAGUGUGUGUUUGCGACAACGACAAAGAGAGGUGGUGCGCUGAAGAAGGGUCCGAAUGCCAAAGCGCUGCAGGAGAUGAAGCAGUCGCUGCCGUAUUCCCUGGAGGAGCUGGUGUGGGAUCAGGGCCAUAAAACCAACAUCCAGCAGUGCUACUGCUACUGUGGAGGGCCUGGAGAGUGGUAUCUGAAAAUGAUGCAGUGUAACAGAUGUAAGCAGUGGUUUCACGAAGCCUGCAUCCAGUGCUUACAGAGGCCCAUGCUCAACGGAGACAGGUUUUAUCAGUUUAUUUGUUCAGUUUGCAGUAGUGGACCAGAGUACCUCAAACGACUGCCUCUGAGAUGGGUAGAUGUUGCACACCUAAGCCUCUACAAUCUGAGUGUUAUUCACAAAAAGAAAUAUUUUGACUCUGAACUCGAGCUCAUGGCUUUUAUUAACGAAAACUGGGACAGACUUCAGCUCGGCGAGCUCAUGGACACGCCCAAAUCGGAGCGAUAUGAACGGAUUCUGGAAGCACUUAAUAGCAACCCGACUAUGUUCAUGUCCGGGAAAGAGAUCAAGAAGAAGAAACACCUGUUUGGGUUACGGAUCCGCUUCCCUCCGGGCCCUCAGAACUCUGAACCGCCGUCGGACAGGGAACAGGAAAAAGCCUCGCAUGAGAUUAAGAUUAAAGGCAGGAAAUCCAUGAAGCCGCCUCAUCCAAACUGCACGGUCACCAACGGAGUGGUGAAGAAAGGGAAGAGGAAACAUCGCUCGCACUCGUUAGAGACGCUGGCCAAGCUGAGACGAUCAGAAGAGCUUCUGGCACAGAAUCACAUGAAGUUCCUGACUGCAGAGAACAGCUCUCUGGACAUGAUCUCUAAAAGCAUCAAAGUCGAAGAGUGUGCGCCAUCAUCGAGUACCUCAGACGCUGACUCCGUUAGUGCCACCACUAUGAGCAAAACUACCUCAACUAACGUCUCCAGCAGCUCCAGCAGGACUCCAGUGCCUCAGCCACCAGUGAAAAGGGGUCGGGGACGUCCGAGGCGAGCGCUGCAGCCCCCCAACCCUGAGAUUCCUCCACCUCCCCAGCCUGAGCCCACGCCUUCUCCUGCUCUCAUGGCCACGCCCACACCAACACCGCUUUCCCGCGUUCCCCCCGCCUCCAUCACGCAGGGCCUGGACUCGAACGCUCAGCUCAGCCUCCUCAGGAGCUCCAUCAGCAGCUACUUCGGCGCGGCAGGGCGCAUGGCGUGCGGGGAGAAAUACCGCGUCCUGGCGCGCCGCGUCACUGAUGAUGGCAAAGUGCAGUACCUGGUGGAGUGGGAGGGCGUCACUGCCUCAUGAGCCUCCACACACAUUAUAUAUACACAUGCAUAUACACACACACACACACACACACACACACACACACACACAUACACACACACCAGAACUGUGGAGUUUGGUUUGAUGUAAGAAGUUGUUGUGGGGUUUUUUUUUUUUAAACCAAAUGUCAGUGAACAGUGGAGCGGGAGUGUGUCAAUGUCUCCAGAGCUCACUAACCCCCCCCCACACACACACGCGUACAUAAUGUGCCAUUAAUUUUCACACUCUUCAGCUCCUGUCCUAACAUUAGAGUCGUUCUGAUUGGUGGAGUGGAAGAAGGAGAGCGAGAACGAUUAGACCGUGCCUCUUUACCGUUUAUAUUAACAAACAAACAAAAAAACACCCGCCUUAGAGCUUGUAGACGUCACACAGCGUCAUGUCAAACACGUGACUGGAAUCAGUGCAGUAUUUCGACACGCCCUCAGCUCAGCCACUUCUGGUCACGCCUCUAACCCGAACCGUGAAUUCACUCUAGCAGGUGAAAAAGUCAUUGAUGCUGCUUGUCGUUUCUGUUAUGGGGGCGUGGCCUUAUUUUUUUUAUUUUUUCCUUUUCCCCCCCAUCCUGACGAAAAGCUGUAAUAGCUUUGUACACAUCCAUACAUGGCUUCUAAAGCCUAACUUGUUUUAUUCGAGUUGAAUUCCUCAUUUUGAAAAUCAAUUGUUUUUAAUUUACAUACAGUUGAUCUUGAAUACUUCCUUCCAAGUGCUUCUUUUUCUUCAUGACCUCGUAUACGCGUUUAAAUUAACUACAGCUCGUAUACGACGAACACAGUUCUUCCAAACGGUAAACGGGAACUGAUUUUACGUAGGACCUGAGAAAUCGCAAGGUGGGGAAAUAAAGGAAUGUCGGACCACAUGAGCCGUCUGUCUGAUCAGUCUGUGGAAUCGUUCAAUUCGAGUCAACUGUUUGGACUUUUGUAAAAAAAAAAAAAAAAAUUUUAUUAAUUUUUUUAAAGAUGGCUGACAUUAGAGGAAAUCGACGAGGGCGUGUUUGACAUUUAACGUAAAUAUUUCACCAUGAAAACACGUCUGUUGAUUUUGUGUCGGCGCCACCAUAAAUAAAUAAAUGAAAAGAUUGGAUGCUGCUGCAGAUCCCCCCCGCUUUCAGCUGUCACAGCUUUCAGUUCAGUAGGGCACUUUUUAAAAAAAAAAAUUUUUUUUAAAUGUACCUUUUUAUAUAAAUUUCACUCAACUUUGCACAUUUAGUUCAUCGUCCUGUUUAUCCAGGUUAUGUUUAAAACAAAUUCUAGGAGGCAAAUUAUUUUAAGGUUUUAACAGCAUUAAUUUUGGGGCGGGGUCUUAGAUCGAUGACUUAGUUAUUGAGGUUUUUUGUUUUGUCCCCCCUCCCAUUUAUUUCCAAGAUUUUUUUUUUUUUUUUCCACAUUUGAUAAUUUUCACACACACUCUGAAGCCUCAGACAAAGCAACAGCUCGAUUCAUGUUGCUUACAGAGUCGUGUUUGUUUCACACGAGAACGUUCCUGGACUCGCCGUGCCGUUGGACAUCAUUUUGUUCGGUGUAAAGUAUGCACACUAUUAGAAGCUUGAGGAUCUUUAUUUUUGUAGUGACUUUGGUUUCUUGUGCCAUUUCGUUUUCUUCCUAUGCAACUCAACAUUCAAAAGAUCUCUCUCUCUGACUUACUUUGUUUUUCAUUCAUCUGCUUCAGGAAAAUAAAAAAGCAAUUUAAAAAUUUUUUUUUUUCUUACAACUCAGGCUUUUUUUUUUCUUUUCUUUUUAAAGUUCUCGGUGCUAUUUAUUGCUUUGGCGGGGAAAAGACUGUACACUAACGAGAUGUUGGAGUUCAGUUCCUGUCUUCACUGUAAGAGCCGAUGAGAAAGUGUUCAUAUCUGCAUUCGUCACCUCUGCGCAUGUCCUGAUUUUGUAAACUUUCCUGUUAUGGUGUUUUGUCUCAAAAUUUGUCCAAAAUAAGAGUGUACAUGGGAUGUGUUAAGAGAGAGAAACUCCACCCUUAAUUAUCUGCGUAUUAAUAUUUUUAUAAUUAACCCAUGAGCUUGAACAAUGUCGCAGACGGAUUUUGCCCUCACUUCAUUUCUGGUUAAGAGAGAGCGAUGCAGCGGCGCUUUAGUCUGUCCAGCUUUCUCACUAACGCCAUCACCAUUACUCACUCACCAGUUCAAGUAAGAUUUCUGCGAUGAAUCCUGGGAUGUUUGAGUCCGGAGUGUUACACCGCAGUCGCCACGAUUUUUACGCUGUUAUGAAAGAUGAGCGAGAAAAGAAACAGAAGCGCUUGCUCUUUUCUUUUCAGGAGCAAACGGCACAAUCUGACUGUUAUUUUUUUGAGUUUGUCGAAACUCAGUGCGCUAGCAAUAAAGUAAUGUGACAUCAGAGUGACACACAGCCACUGGCUUCUCGCAGAAAUAAUGAAAAUAAAACAACCAACAAAUUCAGCAGAAUCACUGAACUCAUCACUAAUUUAUUACAACUAUUACAAAUAAAUAUAUUUACAGUGUCCCGGGGCAGAGUUUUUCUUUUAUAAAUGUGAUACAAUCCAUAGGAAUCCGAUAGCGCAGGGGUAGAAAUGCUAUUGUAUUAUCGACACAUGCCUGGUUUUUAUUAUUUAAAAAAAAAUUUCUCUUGAGCAUUAAUUACUGAAUUUGAGAUGUUUUGUUCAGUUCAAACUGUCUUUUUGUUUCUACAGUGAAUGCCCUGCAUUUUAAAAUUAGUGUUAUUGAUCCACUCAUCUCUGACUGCUGACUUCAUAUCAGCGCAGGUUUUUGCUCAAGUGUUUUUUUUUUUUGUUUGUUUUGUUUUUUUUUCUUUCUUCCUAUCUCAACACUGAUACCUCUUUUAUUUCAGUAUAAAAUGUGUAUGAAAUGUUUCUUACUUGGUGUACCAAUAUUGCAUCCAUGCAGCUUUGCGUUGUUUUUGGUUUUAUUGUUGGUCUUUUUUACUGGCUUUGAGCAGGCUUU